ACGGUCUCACCUCAAUGACGAUGACUUCUCCGGUGGUCGUUUUGUCCUUCAAAUGCAGGGCUGACGGGGACGUUGUCAUGUCCCCUUUAGCUCUCCCCACUAAUUCCCUUUACGAGUCAUACUGGGCCUCCUCGACAGCUGGGGUCGGGAACCAGAUCAUCUUCAACAGCUCCGGCGAUCUCUACCUCGAGUUCACAAACAAGACUCUGAUGAAAAUAACAAGCAGCUCGGUUUCCACAACCGAGUUCUAUCAACGAGUCACACUGGACCCAGAUGGUGUUCUCCGGCACUAUGUCUAUCCAAAAAACAAGACCAAGACCAAGACAUCAUCAAAGUCAUGGUCGGAUGCAGGUAAUUGGACGGUCGUUGACUAUGAGCCGUCAGACAUCUGCAUGAGCUUCGGCAGUCGCAUCGGAUCCGGAGCUUGUGGGUUCAAUAGCUACUGUUUGAUUGAUAAGAACCAUCGCCGGAGUUGUGAAUGUCCUACAUCGUACUCUUUUGUUAACCCGGACAACCCAUUCUUAGGCUGCAAACCAGACUUUGCGCUCCCGAGCUGUAGCCAGCUAGCCAACAGCGGCGAGCAAGAAGGGAUGUUCGAGAUGAAAGUGGUGGCAAACACUGAUUGGGUGUACGGUGAUUACGAGAAUUAUGUGUCUUUUGAUGAGGAUCAAUGCCGAGACAACUGUUUGAAGGAUUGCUUCUGUGUGGCUGCACUUUUCAGUGGCUUGGGUAAUGGUUGUUACAAGAAGAGGUAUCCUUUAUCCAAUGGGAGGUCUGGCACUGAUAUCAUGGGAACAACACUAUUAAAGGUAGCAAAAACUAAUUUUACUACCACUUCUUCUCCUCCUCCUUCGCCUUCCAUUGAUCAGACUCCACAAUAUUUUGGUCCUGAUAAUCACAUUACCAACAAAGACCAUAAAGUUUGGAUUGUUGUUGGCCCAUUGGCUCUGUCUUUAUCUCUGCUCAUCUUGUUUGUCUGCUUUGCCAACUUCAUCACAAAAGCAAGAAGAAGAAGAAGAAGAAGAAGAUUUGGUCAUGGCAACAACUCCAGCGUCUCUGAGUCAGAUACUCUGAGAUGUUUCACAUUCAGAGAGCUCGAAGAAGCCACCAGUGGCUUCACCAAAGAGCUCGGCAGAGGAUCGUCCGGCAUUGUUUAUGAAGGAAUAGUGUUUCAGUUACGUAUAGCAGUGAAAAAACUGGACAAGAACUUUCGAGAGAUAGAAAAGGAAUUCAUUGCAGAAUUGCAGUCCAUCGGCCGGACACAUCAUAAGAACUUGGUUCAAUUGUAUGGUUACUGCAAUGAAGGCAGCAACCGUCUCUUGGUAUAUGAAUUUAUGAGCAAUGGUUCAUUGACAAGUUUUCUAUUCGAGCAAGGUACUGUUAAGCGGGCAUGGAACAAGAGAGUAGAGAUUGCCAUGGGGAUUGCCAGAGGUGUUCUAUACUUGCAUGAAGAGUGUAGCUCUUCAAUCAUUCACUGUGACAUCAAACCACAGAACAUACUCUUGGAUGAUGAUCUUAAUGUUAGAAUCUCUGAUUUUGGGUUAGCUAAGUUACUUAGAUCAGAUCAAACAGGGACUCUGACAGGGAUUAGAGGGACUAAAGGGUAUAUUGCACCGGAGUGGUUCAAUAGCAUGCCCAUUACCAACAUGGUUGAUGUCUAUAGUUUUGGAGUGAUACUUUUGGAGAUUAUAUGUUGCCGGAGAAAUUUGGAGCUUGAGAAUAGUUGUGAGGAAAAGGAAGUGCUUGUUUAUUGGGCAUAUGAUUGUUAUAUAGAUGGGAAGGUGGAGUUGUUGAUUGGUGAUGAUGAUGAUGAUGAUGAUGCCAUGCCUGACAUUGAGCAAUUUAAGAGAUUUCUGAUGCUAGCCAUUUGGUGUGUUCAAGAGGAUCCCUCAAAUAGGCCAACGAUGAGGACCGUUAAUCAAGUUUUGGAUGGUGUUGUUGCUGUUCCUGCUCCUCCGAACCCUUCCAGUGAUUUCUCCAAGUUAUUUUCAAGAUGUUCAUAA